CUUUCUCUCUCUACCAAAUUCGUUUAUGCUCUUUCUCCCUCUGCACCAGCCCCUCUCUCUCUCUCUCUCUCUCUCUCUCUCAUUGAUCGAGCUGAUUCACCGCUCUCGACUGCAGUUGCGCCUAUCAUAACUCUGGCUUUUUGCCCCUGUACACUACUUGGCUGAAUCCACUCCCACUCAUCCGAGUAAGUUGGCUUGCGCAAGGGCCGAGUCCGAGGCUCAACACGAGUUCCAGAACAUUGAUUUGUAUAUUGGACGAAUUUGAAGGUUAAGUGUACAGUUAUGUUUCAGAGUGGGCAUUGGUCCCCAUUUUAUAAAUUUCUCUCCUUCUCUCUCAUUCUUUUGGAUUCUGUGAGAUUUGGAAGUGCGGGGACUACUAGCUCUUUUGUUCGCUCUGAGUGGCCAUCUGUUGACAUCCCUCUUGACAAUGAAGCUUUUGCAAUUCCAAAGGGAUAUAAUGCUCCAGAACAGGUGCAUAUAACGCAAGGUGAUUAUGAUGGGAAGGCUGUUAUAGUCUCCUGGGUAACUCCAGCUGAACCUGGGACCAGUGAAGUGUUCUAUGCUACAUCUGAGAACGGCUAUGAUCAUCAUGCAGAAGGAAAAGUUACAAACUACACCUUUUACAAUUAUAAGUCUGGUUACAUUCAUCACUGUCUUAUUGAUGGCCUUGAGUAUGAUACCAAGUACAAUUAUAAAAUCGGAAAGGACUCUUCUUCUCGGGAGUUUUGGUUCCAUACCCCUCCAAAAGUUGAUCCGGGAGCUGCUUACACCUUUGGUAUAAUAGGUGAUUUAGGCCAAACAUUCAAUUCCCUUUCAACACUGGAGCAUUACAUGCAAAGUGGUGGACAGACUGUAUUAUUUGUUGGGGAUCUCUCCUAUGCAGAUAGGUAUGAAUAUGACAAUGGUAUUCGUUGGGAUUCAUGGGGGCGCUUCAUCGAGCGGAAUGUUGCAUAUCAGCCAUGGAUCUGGACUGUGGGUAACCAUGAGAUAGAGUACAAACCCGUUUUGGGAGAAUCGGCUCCAUUUAAACCUUAUCUACAUCGGUAUGCAACACCUUACAUGGCUUCUGAGAGUAGUUCUCCUCUUUGGUAUGCAAUUAGGCGUGCAUCGGCGCACAUUAUUGUUCUUUCGAGCUACUCACCAUUUGUGAAAUACACUCCUCAAUGGCUUUGGCUAAGGAGUGAGCUACACCGUGUGGACCGGGAGAAGACCCCUUGGCUUAUAGUCCUCAUGCAUGUCCCAAUGUACAACAGUAAUGGAGCGCACUACAUGGAGGGGGAAAGUAUGCGUGCUGUGUUUGAGAAGUGGUUCAUUAAAUACAAAGCAGACCUCGUAUUUGCAGGUCAUGUACAUGCAUAUGAAAGAUCGCAUCGUGUCUCCAACAUUCGUUACAAUAUAACCAAUGGAGAACGCUUUCCAAUGCGUGAUGAAUCUGCUCCUAUUUAUAUAACUGUUGGUGAUGGAGGAAAUCAGGAAGGUCUAGCGUCAAAGUUUUCAUACCCACAGCCAGACUAUUCCGCUUUUAGAGAAGCAAGUUAUGGCCAUUCCACUUUAGAAAUAAAGAACCAGACUCAUGCUUUCUACCAUUGGAAUCGCAAUGAUGAUGGGAAAAAAGUGCUUACAGAUUCUGUCAUAUUGUUCAAUCAAUAUUGGGGGAGUAACAUGGAGACACAUCCCAGGAGGAGGCUGAAGAAACAUCACCUUAAAGCCGUGCAUGGCCUCCACUCUGCAAUGUGAAAGGCUUGGUUUGAGUAAGCAUUCACCAGUUGGUUAUGAAUCUAGAAAUAUGCAUUUUCACUUCUACAUGAUCUUCAAUUGCAUAUGCUUUUGUUUACCUCAAAACAAUAAAGAAAAAAUUGGAAUCAUGUAUUUGAGGUAUGAAUAAGUUGGGAAGAUAUUUGUUAAUGGAUGCAAAUGAUCUCUCUGAGAGUAUUUAUCAGUGAAAAUGCAAUAUUUUCGACCCUUGUUUAA